AUGGUAACAGAGGUUCUGGAAGCACUACAACCAAAAAAUGGACAGGUCAUCGUGGACAUGACAUUUGGUGCUGGGGGCCAUGCCAAGGAAAUACUGAAAGCUGCCCCAGAUGUUCAUUACAUUGCUUCCGACAGAGACCCAUUUGCAAACAGUAUUGCCUUGAAGAUAGCGGCUGAAGAAAGGAGUCAAGGCAAGAUUACACCAGUCCUCAGUCGUUUCUCUGAGGUUCCUGUUCAUCUUCAUGAACAUGGUAUCCAGCCUGGAACUAUUGAUGCCUUCUUCUUUGACCUCGGCGUAUCAUCCAUGCAGUUCGACAGGCCAGAGCGUGGGUUCUCGCUCAGUCAAGAUGGGCCGCUGGACAUGAGAAUGGAUGGUGCUAGGUUUCCUGACAGCCCGACAGCAGCUGAUGUUGUAAACACUCUCAGUCCACGGGACCUGGCGCACAUCUUAAAGAAGUAUGGUGAGGAGAAAAAGGCACAACAAAUAGCAAACAUAAUAGUUGAGGCUCGGUACACAUUUGGUACAUUUUCCAGGACCAAGCAGCUAGCAGAUAUUAUAUUGGGUGCUUUCAACAGUGGCGUUUUCACGCAGGACAAGCUAUCCCAUCAUGCACACGUGGCCACAAAAAGCUUUCAAGCACUCCGUAUUUUCGUAAACAAUGAACUGAAUGAAAUUAACAAUGGCCUCGAGGUGGCCAGGCACUAUCUGAAGCCUCAGGGACGCUGUGUUGUCAUUUCCUUUCACUCUCUGGAAGACCGCAUCGUCAAGAGGCAUUUUCUGGACAUUGACAUUAAUGCAGACCCCAAUAUGUCAAUACACGACCACUUUAGAAAUGCAAAUGUCAGUUUUGAUGUCAAGACCAUCCAAGAAGAUUUCAUGACAAAAUUAUGGCAGCCAUUGUCUCGCAAAGUUAAGGAGCCCUCUCCCGAUGAAUGCUGGAGGAAUCCUAGAUCUAGGUCGGCAAAACUGAGAGCUGCCCUCAAGGUUUAG